AUGGACCCCCUAAGUAUAACCGCAGGUAUCCUUGCAUCCCUGCAAGCUGCUUCCGCUAUACUCUGCUUCUGCUACGACGUACGAGCAGCAAUGCGCAAGAUUCCUUGGACCUUGAUUCAAGUGAUCGAAGAGGUCCGCGAUCUUCGCAAUGUGAUCGAAGCUGUUCAAUCCGCUCUCGACAAAGAAGACUCGUCGGGUGAGAAAACGAACUCGCUGGAAGAGAUUGUCGAGCCGGCCAUAGCAAUGUGUUUAGCUGAGCUUCGUGCUCUUGAAGUCCGUAUUCGACCAGAGCAUGUCUCUGCUCUCCUCGAGUCGACAAGCAAACUCCUUCUCCGGUCAACGAUUUGGCGACUAAAAGCCAACGAUGCGAAUGCGCAACAGAAGGCGGUAGUCGAUUGGCUGUCCCCUCUCAAGCCCAGGCAAGCUCAUUUUUCGGCCUGGGAGAAGUCUCAGGCCGGGACCUCAGAAUGGUUCCUCAACAAUAGAGACUUUAGCGAAUGGCUAGGGGGGAAGGAUAAUAUUUUAGGCGUGGCCGGACCGCAGUCGGUCUCCUCCACCCUCGAUCAAUCUGGCGAUGGAGCCCUAUACGCCUUUGCGUACUGCGACUUCCGCGAUCCCGUCACUCAAAAUAUCGGAAACAUCCUCGGAUCACUGUUGUCUCAGCUGUGCACCCAGCUGCACCACUUCCCGGACGAUCUGCUCAGUGCGUAUCGGUCCAGGAACGCAUGGUAUCAGCCGUCUUACCCAAUGAUCGAGGUGGUUUCUCGUGCCAUUCGGACAAUCUCGGAAAAGCGGCGAGUGUACCUUUUCAUCGAUGCUAUUGAUGAGGUCGGUGAUUGUGAUUCACUUGCGCAAUACUUGCUUUCCCUGGCGAAGUCGGUUUCAACACUCAAUGUGCUUGCGACCCACCGAAACGAUAUGAGCAUCAGACGAGCGCUUGAAGACUCUCGACAUAUUUCACUGGAAAACCAUGUUUCCGAAAUCGAUCAGGAUAUCGAGCGGUUUCGAUGGGCUGCGUGUCAGAUGGACAGCCUGGGCCACUGUCGAACAAUCCGCGACAUUAAGAGAGCUCUUGAAGAACUGCCACCGGGGCUGAACCAAACCUAUGGCAGGAUUUUGGCAGAUAUACCCCAAUCAGAAGCGCCUAUUGUCCGAAAGAUUUUGACCUGGCUAUCCUUUUCAGCCGCCUCAGUGUCACUGGGGCAGCUCUGGGAAGCACUUGCGAUCGAGAAAGGGGGGGACAGGAUCGAUGACGAGUACCGACUUCGAAGUGCCGAGGACAUACUGACCCUUGGCAAGAGCCUCAUCACUCUGACAGCAGAUGGGCAUGUCACACUAACCCACCUAUCGGUUCGGGACUAUCUUGUCUCCGGAGACAUUGAACAAAGCCCGGAAACAGCAAGGUUUGCCCUAAAGCCCGGAGCGGGCCACUUGGAGCUGGCCCAAGAUUGCCUCACCUAUCUAUUCUUCUCAGAUCUGCGCUCUGGACCAUGCAACAGCCGGAAGGAAUAUAUGUCUCGAUUGAGGCGAUUUCCACUUUUGACGUACACAGCCAAAUACUGGUUUUACCACUCUCGGAUGGCAGAGGAUAAUGUAGAUUUGUGGAACCAGACUCUCCGGUUCUUCUCACACGAGGCUCGGAAAAUAUUCAUGUCUUGGGUCCAAGUCCUCAAUGCAGCGGAUGCACCUUUCAAAUGGAAUGUCUUCCCCAGGCAUGCGACUUCACUAUAUUACGCCUCCUCACUGGGUCUUGAUGGGGUGGUCGAUUGGCUGCUCCAGUCUGCAGCACCUGACGAAAUCAACGCUGCCGGAAGCCGCUUUGGUGGCACAGCUCUUCACGCAGCAACUAUCCGGGGCCACCUUAACAUUGCCAAGCAGCUUAUCGCGCAAGGAGCAGAUCCAGGGAAGCCCGAUUUUAACGGCGUGACACCACUGCAUAGCGCUGCGAGCCAGGGGAGCGCGGACCUCGUUAGGGUCCUCUUGGCUCACGGGGCUCCUGCAGAUGCAAAAGAUAGCAUGGACGGUAAAUCGCCGGCCGAAUGGGCUGAGUGUAGUGGCCAUAAGGCUACGGCGGGUAUCAUAAAUCAUGUCUUACAAGACCCGGAUCUGAGGCAGGACUCAAUGACUCUCAGUGAGAGUGGUUGCGGAACGCCAUCGCAGAAGACCGAAAUAUGGCGGCCGGUUCAGGGAUACUUCCCAGACUACUAUGAGAAGAGGUCGGGCCUAGAUUCUCCUCUCAUUAUCAGCAUGACUGUUGGUGAAAUAUGCUCAUAUUUUGACAGCGAGUUCAGGCCCCUGGUUCCUCUUGGUGGGUCUGACAGAUCGCUUCCGGUAUGGUGA